AGUGAAUCAUUUUUUUGGAGCAAGCAAUUGAUUCAAAGUUUCGUUUUACCAGAAACAACACCCCCAACACGACGAAAUAAUGGAAUCGGUGGGGCAUUUUCGGAAUUUAUACAGAGAAAAAGAAGAAGUUAAUGGAGAAGGCGAAGAGGAAAGAAAAUCAAAGACUAGAAUUAAGAAUUUGGCUGCUUUAAAUACAGAAUUAGGUACCGGGUCGAUUUUGACGCACUAUCCAAAAAGCACUGGAUAAUUUAAUCGAUUUAGUGGAGUUAUGAAUAUAAAAAGCAAAUGCAGCAAAUGUAAAGUAAAUAUUGUGUAGGGAAUGAACCGGACUGUGAGGCUGCAGCAGAAACUGGAGCGAUGAAAGGGCCCUGUAACCCAGCAAGUCAUUCACGGGGAACUCGAGGACCGGAUGGACUGGAUUUGUCCAGGGCCGAAUUGUAACCCCAGUCCAGCCCUGAACUCAGCUUAUGAGCAACUGAAGGUUGUGGAGGAGAUCUGGAGGAGAAGGACGGAGAUGGCGGGACCACAGCGAAGAGGCAGUGAGGGAAGAAGAAAAGCCAAAAAAAGAAAACACUCCCACAGCAAGAGCAAAUCUAAGGAGAGUCAGAGGACACGCCUGACGGUUAACCUCCAUUGGUGCCUGAUGUUUUUUCUGCUGUUUUUCUUGCCUCGUGCUUCUUCUCUAACUGUGACGGGACAAAAGGACGGCUAUAUUACCCUGCCGUGUAAUUCAAGCUACAGAGGGGAUUUAUCCACUGUUCUGGUAUUUGGGUCCACAACUGCUUAUGGUAACCAUCAGAAUGAACACUUCAGGGGCCGCGUGCACAAGAGUGGCAACUGUGACCUCAUUCUACAACCCUUAAAGACCACUGAUGCUGGGAAAUACACGUUGCAUGUCAAUGCCAAUGGUCAACCUAAAAGCUACAGUUACGACGUCCAUGUUAAUGUCAAUUUAACAGCACGGGUAGGCGAAGAGGUAAAGUUUGACUAUCUGCCGCGUGAUGCUGAGAGCGUCAAGCAUUUUACAAACACAGACCUAAUAGAUGUGUGGAGAAGAGAGCAGGGUUUCCUGACUGAUCGACUGACCGACAAGAAUGGCCGACCGACCAUUAAAAACUUCACAUCGAGUGAUGCUGGAACAUACAGAGUCCUGAACAAAACAGGAGGAAUCCUGGUCACCGUGACGGUCACAACGGAAUCAGGCACAGCAUCAAAGGACAAACAGGACCGCACACGUGAUGACAAAACUGAUGGCACUGAACGAGCUCAUGUUUGCCCCUGGAGUGUGAUUGGUGUUGUGGGGGUUCUGAUUAUAGUAUUUAUUGUCUUCAUGAUACAUCAAUAUCGGAAAAAGAACAAGGAACAUGAUUCCUACCUAGAGGGUCCCAAUGCAGUAAACCGUACAGGGGCCCAGAUCACCUAACGACAGCAAUGGUUACUUGGUAGUUUGCCUUCAGUGCCAUCAGAUCUGCAGAGGAUCCUGUCAACAUAUCAUUCCUGACUGAAUCAGUUGAUUAAAUGUCUCCACCUACUGGUCACUCCAAUUUGAAGUUCCUUGUGUGGGUAAAUAUACUUUGUAUUAAAGCUCUGACUUAAAUUUCAUAAUUGUUUCAAUUUUAAUGAUGUACUUUAAUAUGGAAUUUGGUCACAUUGUAGUUUUGUUGUUAUUUAACUUUAAAAAUCUAAAAGCAGCACGUUUAGUAAUUUUUGUCCAUUAAAUGGAUCAAUUUUGAAAAUAUUUUUAAAAUAUGUAUCAUGUCUAAAGAUACAGCCAGACACAUUAGUCCUGCUGGUCUAAUGAUAUUAACAUGUUUGCUCACAUUGGCUGUGAGAGAAGCCGUUGCUGUUGUUUUUGAAUAAAGACAUUGGCUAAGUCUCUAUAUUAAAGUAUCUUUAUAAUAAAGUCAUAACUGACAUUUAUACAUAAUUCAAAAAUUGUACAUUUGUAAACUGCAUUGUAAAAAUUGUAUGCUUUCUAUUUCUCUAUAUAGUGCAUAAUUUAUUUUUCUGUUUUUAUAUUGGUGUUAUUUCAUCUUUACUGUGUAAUUCUAUGUAUGUCUGCACUAUCAUGUAUGUUUGAG